CCUUCAUCGAACUCCUCCGAUUUUCACUCUCGAAUCCUCGAACCGAAUCUUCAUCGCUCUCUAGAACUCUCUCUGUAUUUCAUUCAUGGCGCCCAAGGCAGACAAGAAGCCUGCUGAGAAAAAGCCAGUUGCCGAGAAGGCUCCGGCAGCGGCUGAGAAGAGACCUAAGGCCGAGAAGAAGAUAUCCAAAGAAAGCGGUGAGAAGAAGAAGAAGAGGGUCAAGAAGAACAGCGAGACUUACAAGAUUUAUAUAUUCAAGGUGUUGAAGCAGGUGCAUCCGGAUAUCGGGAUCUCUAGCAAAGCAAUGGGGAUAAUGAACAGCUUCAUCAAUGAUAUAUUUGAGAAAUUGGCUCAGGAGGCCUCUCGUCUUGCUAGGUAUAAUAAGAAGCCUACCAUUACAUCUAGGGAAAUCCAGACUGCGGUCAGGCUGGUAUUGCCCGGUGAAUUAGCCAAACAUGCCGUUUCUGAAGGGACGAAGGCGGUUACUAAGUUCACCAGUUCUUAGGUUUUUUUCUUUCCCCUCUUUUUGUUGUCAGAUCUGGGUUUAUUAGGCAGGAUGAUGAUUCUAUUGAUAGGUAUUUAGGCUUUGCAACCUUUUUCUUUUCCCUAUUAUUGAUUCUGGUUGUAUUGUACGAAUGAACAUAUUCAAUUGAAUGGUUAAUUUUUAGAAUGCAGUUUAUGCCC